AUGGUUUUACCGGAAGAAGAGAUCACAAGGCUUUACAGAGUUCGAAGAACCGUGAUGCAAAUGCUGAGAGAUCGGAAAUACUUAGUUGGAGAUUUUGAGAUCAACAUGACAAGAGAACAGUUCAAGGCCAAAUAUGGAGAGAACAUGAAAAGGGAAGACCUUACUAUCAAUAAGACAAAGCGAAAUGACAGCACCGAUCAGCUUUACGUCUUCUUUCCUGAAGAGCCAAAGGUUGGGGUCAAGACCAUAAAAACUUACACCAACCGCAUGAAAUCCGAGAAUGUUUCCAGAGCAAUCUUGGUUACUCAACAAAAUAUGACUCCCAUGGCAAGGACCUGUAUAAGCGAAAUAUCGUCAAAAUUCCACUUGGAGGUUUUUCAGGAGCCAGAGUUGAUGGUGAAUGUUACAGAACAUGUUCUAGUUCCUGAGCAUCAGCUGCUUACAAAUGAGGAAAAGAAGACCUUACUGGAGAGGUAUACUGUGAAAGAGACACAGCUUCCUCGUAUUCAGUUGACCGAUCCAGUUGCAAAAUAUUACGGGCUUAAGCGUGGACACGUUGUGAAGAUAAUCCGGCCAAGUGAGACUGCAGGACGAUACAUCACCUACCGUUAUGUUGUGUAA